ACGCGCGCGCGCGUGUGUGGAGGUGAUUCUCGAUAAAAACUUACCAACCUAAAAGAAAAGACCGGCCCAACGGACCUUACCUUCCACGUUCGAGUCGAGGAGAGAAGUAGUGCGGCGGGGGUGUGUCUUUUCGCGCCUUGCUUAGUUUUCACCCGCCGCCAUGUAUCUCCCUCGUCAACUUAUCUCCCAUCUAUACCUACAAUUACUCCGCUCACAUCACCCAUUGUCCCCACCGGUGCUCAUCCUCGUCGCCCUUGAACCCGAUGCGCUCUGUGCCUGUCGAAUCCUGACCGCCCUACUCAAGCGCGACUAUAUCCCCCACAAGAUCCAACCCGUGGCCGGCUAUGGUGAUCUCUCGCGCGCCGGCGAGGAGCUGGUCAAACCCAUGCGGACGACGAAUGGCGGUAGCGGGGGUGUUGUCAUCUGUCUCGGGGUGGGUGGCUUGGUUGACCUGACUGAGAUCUUGUGCUUGAGUGGCCCGGACGAGGAAGACGAAAACAAUAACGAGGAUGACGAGGGACGAGGGGCACAGGAUAUGGGAGGGGUGGAGGUUUGGGUGUUCGACGCACGACGGCCCUGGAACCUAUCCAAUGUGUUCGGGGGCGAGGCUAUCACUGAUGCUGGUGGCAUAGCAGACACUGGUACCGGCAAUGAGAGACGGAAACUGCGCGGGGUGGACAGAGGGUGCAUCACACCCGGGUACGCAUCGGGCAAUGGGGGCAUUGUGGUCUACGACGACGGAGAUAUUGAGGAGGAGCUCGGUAAGGAGCGAGAGGCGUAUUGUGAAUUGAUGGCGAUGCCGGAGGUGGAUGAGGAAGCAGAUGAUUUUGACGACAUUGACGCCGAUGGAUCGGAGAGCGACGGUCAAGCCGAUCAUCCUUCUAGCUCGGAUUCCAAGAAGCGGAAGUCGUGGUCGCGCCAGGAUGAUGAGGACGAAUCCGACGAGGACGAUGGUCCGCCUCGUCAGCGUAGGAGGAGUGAUUCGGUAUGUUUUGUUUGUCCGCGGUACUCGCGGCGGUUGUUCUUCGAGGCUAACCUGAUUGCUCUCGUGCAGGGCUCGUAUAUCAUCUCAUCUCCAAGUCGUCCCCGAAGGAUGGGGCACGAUUCCUCUAACUCCUCUCGCUCCGUUACGCCGACGUCGGACUCGCCAUCCCCCAUACAUCCCAAACCGCCUUCUGAACGGUCCUUAAGGCGUCGGUUGCUUCGAAUGCGAAGGAAAUAUGAAGGCCUCUUGCAGAGUUACUAUAACUCCGGCACGUCGUACUCGGAGCCGAUAUCGUCCCUUGUAUAUUCACUUGCGUCCGAGCUUGGUCGAGAAGAUAAUGAUCUACUGUGGCUGGCCAUUGUAGGUGUGUCGAGCUUGGAACUUAGUGGCCGAACGAUGUCCGGCGUGGGCGUUUCUAACGCGCUGGAGUAUGGUGGCUCGGCUGGUUGGGGCGGAGAACGAGGCGAACGAAUACGGCAGAUCAUGAGAGAUGAAGUCCACCGAUUAAACCCUCCAGAUCCCUACGAGCGCGACAUCAGAGGCGAAAUCAACGGUGUCAUCCCGACCACUGCUCGGUCACCAACCGACAAGUCAAUCCGACUCUCUCCCGAGCCUCGGUUCCUUCUCAUUCGACACUGGUCGCUCUACGACAGUAUGCUUCAUAGCCCCUACCUGGCAUCAAGAUUACAUGUCUGGACGGAACAUGGUAAGAAGCGAUUACACAAACUGCUCGCGAAAAUGGGCAUCAGUCUUAAUCAAAGUCACCAAAACUAUACUCACAUGGAUAUGGAACUUAAGCGAGUAUUACGGCAGCGUCUGCUCAAAUACGCACCCAUGUACGGACUCGAUGGGCUUGUUCCUCCCGAAGCCUCCGGUCAUGCUGCAUCUCGUGAAGGGUGGGGUUUCGUCCGCUGCUGGGGUUGGAAAGCUUGCCUUUCUGCCACUGACGUCGGCGUUAUCAUUGGUGCUAUUUUAGAGGUUGGCCCGGAGGAUGCUCCUGGCACGUGGGAUGCGAAACGGCUAUCGAAACCUGCCCUCGAGACGAAUGACGAUGUAUCUACUGAAUCUGACCUGUCCAGUCUUCUCCCCCGGUUUUGGAGUGCGUAUGAUGCGCUGUCACUGACAUCGGAGUCGCCGACGCUGCUCCUCGGCUCACUUUCUCUUGCACAACAUCUCCACCGCGCCAUCCUGCGCACUGGUACAUCGUUGUUGUCCAAACAUCAGAUCCGGCACUUGCGCGCAUUCCGCAUUGCCGUUGUCAAGGACGGCCCGGAUCUCAAAUUAUUCACCAACCCUGGAGCGCUGACGAAGUUGGCUCUCUGGGUCGCGGAGGCCAUCCGCGUGCAGGAACGGGAACGAGCGGAUACCGUCAAAAUCGGCCGCAGACGGGCUGUUGGCACCCCAUUAGUUCUGGCCGGGCUUGAUGAGGAUCGAGGUCUUUAUGUGGUCGUCGGCACAGGAGGUGGAGGAGGUGUUGUCGACUUUGCUGCUCUAACCAAACGCCGCGAGGAGAGACGGCGGAAAAAGGAGUCCAAGGAGAAAAGCCGGAAAGAGCGAGAGCAGCGUCGAGUCAAACGCGCUGCGGAGCGUGCAGCAAGGGAUGAUGACGAGCACGAGGACGGGGACGAGGAAACCGAAGAAUCCUCCUCAGAGUCCGAAUCGGAAUCCGAGGACGAGCAGGACCUGCGUGGCAACAAGCACCUUCUGCGGAAUCGGUUUGGGAUUGCCUUCCAGGAAGUGGUCCAAGAAACCAGUGCCCGCGUUCGCAUCGAUAGUUUCGAGCACUGCGUGGUCGAGGUGCAGAAGGAGGAUCUAGGAGGCUUUCUCGAAGCUCUCAGCUUCCGCAGCGUUGUUGGCUGAUAGCCGCGGCUGGCAAAAUGUUCUUAGGCUUAUGCCGCGACCCAUCCCUUUGUUACUGUUUCAUGCUCUAUAAUCA